GUCUUCUUCUCUUACAGGGUGUCACAUCUGAUCCUGGUGGACCCCUGGGGUUUCCCUGAGCGACCCCAGCCACAGACCCAGGAGGGUCAGGGAUCAGAGGUAAACAAGAGGCCCCCCCUUCCGCGCUGGGUAAAAGCUAUUGCCGCUGUGGUUUCCCUAUUCAACCCACUGGCUGUCAUCAGAGCAGCAGGCCCAUGGGGUCCGGGCUUGGUGAACAGAUUCCGUCCUGAUUUCAAAAGGAAAUUUGAAGAUCUGUUUGAGGAUGACACAAUGACCCAGUACAUCUACCACUGUAACGCACAGACCCCAAGUGGUGAGGUGGGUUUCAGGGCCAUGUCUGAGUCUCUGGGCUGGGCCAAGAAUCCCAUGCUGGAUCGUGUUCACCAGCUGCCCCCCUCAAUGCCCCUCACCAUGCUGUACGGAGCGCGAUCCUGGGUGGACAGCUCCUCUGGGGACAGAGUGGUCCAGAUUAGGAACCAGGCCCACACCAAAGUGCUGCUGAUAGAUGAUGCUUCUCACCACGUGUAUGCUGAUCAACCAGAGGAGUUCAACAAAGUGGUGGAAAAUAUAUGCAACUCUGUUAACUGAGAUGCGUUUGUGUGUUGUAUGUAUGUGUGUGUUUGUGCGUAAAGGACUGAAAGUGUGGAGGAGUUUGACUUUGGUUUUAGCACUGUGUUCUUUUUUUUGCGUUGAGGCAUAUCAAAACUUCCUGUAGCUCAAUAUGAGUUUGAAUGUAAUUGUGUUUUGAAUCAUAGUGAAAGGUUAUUGAUUUUAUCGUAGUGAAGUUGUCAUGCCAUUUAUAAGCUGCCAAUCCUCUUUUUUUCUCCAUUGAUUUCACUGUAUUUUUGGCAAAGCUAACAAAUGCUUAUCCAUAUUUCAGUUACUUUUUCGAAACUCUUAACACAAGCGACAGCACACCUACAUCUCACAGUCAGCCAAAUAGUCGGCUUUCUGCUCAAAACCACUGACAAUGCAAUACCAACUCUAUAUUUCAAAAUGCAAUAACGAUUUCUCUACAUACUAACUCUACUAAAACACAUCAAACCCAUCUCCAUAAUCAAUCACACAAGAUCAAUCGAAACAGUAAAGAGUAUGACUUUUUACCUAUACCUGCAUACAAAACACAAUAGGACAUCACUGUUUCAUAAUCCCUUUUACUGUAACCAACUCUCCCAUUUUAUCUUUUUUUAGGGUGACA